AGGUUCUCCCAAGAAAGACCGAAAGGAUUGAAUGUUAUACAAAUUGGGAGGAGACAAUGUGAUUAAGCGUGCCAUCUUCGAGAUAACACUUGCCAUUUCAAGUGCCUGUAAAACUAUAUCAACCAUGUUUUUGCAUGAAAAAGGAUCGUCUUUCCGAUCACUUGGUUACUUCGUGUUUACGAUUCAUUGGAUCGCCAUUUUGUCGUCAGGGUCAAAAGUCAAUGACACUCAGGAGGUGGCGAAUUUAAUGGGUCAACUCUUUGAUGAUAGCAAAGCGUGCAACACCCCUACUAUGGAACUCGGCUUCCUUGUAUCAGGCAGCUAUAAAGAAUCAAAGGACAAGAGUGAAAUGACGUUCAGAAAAGCAUUACGCUUUGUAAGAAAUAUGGCACAAAAGGCAAAGGUUUCCGAUUCGGGAACCCAUAUUGGCCUCGUCGUGUAUGGCAAGAAGCCUUAUUUGGCGUUUGACUUCAACCAAUACUUUGAAAUAUCGAGUCUCUCGCAAGCCAUUGAAGAAGUGAAAACGCCCAUUGCUGGGAGCAACCUUGGAGAGGCCCUUUCGUUUACCAAGAACCAGCUAUACGAUAAAAGCGCGCGUCCAAAUAUUCCAAAGACGUUAAUUGUUCUUUUAUCCAAAAGAUCGGAAGACGCCAUUGGUCACGCUGUGAAGGAUCUGAAGGAUGCUGGAGUGAAAAUUCUUACAGUGGGGAUUGGUGGUGAAAACGAUCCUUUAGAAAUGAGUGACUCAGCUUCAGAUAUUCAGAAUACUUUGAUAUCAGAUGAAAAUCAUUUGGACACUUUGGAGACAAAAUUAGCCCCAAAACUAUGCCGAGAUGUAAUUGAAGGAAGUAGCUCCCAAGAAGUGACACCAGAUGACUCAGACUCUGCGAUGCAAACAGAAGUGACAUUGGGUGACUCUGAAGCAGCGAUGAACCCAAGCGAGGAGCCAGAUCCUGAAGUUAUCACUGUAACGCCAGAUGAGACUCCAAGCGAAGAAACCGAUACAGGAGCCAUCUCGAACUCUCCAAAUGCAAUAAAUUCGCCGAAGAAGCCAAAUAUUGACGAAAACAAAGGUCCACGGGCUAACAAGGUGGAUCUCGUGUUUCUUGUUCAGAGCUCCGGGAAGAUGGGUGUUCCUAACUGGAUUCGCACUGUUUUGUUUAUGAAAUAUGUGGCUGAUGCUUUUGAUGUCUCAAAAUUGGAAUCAAGGCUUGGUCUUGUCGUGGAGGGAAGAACGUUUCACGUUGUUGUAGACUUCAACAGAAUCACUAAAAAGAAACUUUUACUUAGUGCUAUUGGCCUGAUACCGCUUCCAUUUGGUGAUCAGAAAAUAGGCCAAGGCUUGACCGACGUGAGAGAACUUGUCUUGAAUCCUAGUGGCCGACAUAACGUCCCUCAUAUUUUGAUUGUGGUAACAGAUGGAAAGUCUUCAGAUGACGUAACACAACCUUUGAAGUCGCUUGAGAAAAGUGGCGUGGAAAUAUUUGCCGUUGGGUUCGGAAACAAGAUUUCACUUGGUCAAUUGGAAAAAAUUGCUAGUUAUCCGAGUUCAACACAUGUAUUCCACGGUGACUUUAAGGAGGCCGUGAAACUUGCAAGCAAAAUAGUUGCUCAAAUUUACGAGAAAAAUUUUUGCGGUGGAUUGGACGCUCUUUUGAAAAAGCUUUUACUCAGAAAAGCAAGGAAAUCAGGAAAAAAGAAGAAUGCCGAUGUGCAUGCAAUUCGCAAGCCCAUCCCCAGCCAUGAUGCUACAAAUAGAAAAGAAGCACAAGUGGAAAGCACCUCAAGCGAUGAUGACACCUUCGAGGACGCGAUGGUUAAUCCUCCGUCAAAUCACUCUAACAUCUUAGAUGCGCUGUUCGAGAGCAGCUACCGAGACAACAGAACAAUAGAACCAUUCAGAGAAACAUCUAAAAUGUACAAGACAGAACCAAACUCAAUCCCUCAAAAUGGGACGUCCCCAUACCAUGACCAUGAUGAAAGAGAUGAGUCAACUACAAAUGACAGCAGCAGUGCUAACAUGACAACAGAGAGCACUACAGAAUCCAAUAAUAAACACAUUGCACUCAAGGACCUAGUAAAUAAAGUUUGCUCUGCAAAAGCCGAUAUUGGAAUCCUGAUUGAUGGCUCGUCAUCAGUAACGGAAGCUAACUUCGCCAAGUUGUUAGACUUUACAAAGAGCCUGUCUAAAUCCUUCUCAGUCUCUAAGGAUCACACCCACAUUGCAGUUGCCACCGCGUCCAGAGGUCCGCGCAUGAGUUUUGAUUUUGAGGGAUUCAAUGACAUUCCGAGCCUCGACACAGCAAUAUCCCGCAUAUCAUACAAUGGUGGACCAUUUUUGUUAGGAUCAAGUCUAACUGGCGUAAAAACCAGCUGGUUUAAGAAUAGUGGUCGUAAAAGUAUUCCUCAACUUCUUCUUGUCCUGGCCACUGCAUCAUCAAUUGAUGACAUCGCAGUACCGUCACGUGAGAUGCGUGACCGAGGAGUUCGAAUUGAGGCCGUGGGGAUUGGGUCUGGGUUUGAAGGGGGGCAGCUGAAAGAGAUAGCAACACAUCCUGCACAAGAUCACGUGCUGGCUGUAUCCAAAUAUGAGCUGCUACCUAUGAUUAGACCGCUGCUGACCUUCAGGAUGUGCAGAGCUGUCGGAGGGAAACUUAUUGCAAGACCAGAUUCAGAUCCUGAUCCUGAUGUAAUGGUAUCUAAUUCAUCUACUGCUGCUAAUCAAACUAUUACGAAUGAGCAGCAGCCACUACCUGGAAUCAACCACGUAAAAAACGAUUCAAAUGUUGGCAAGGAAAUGACAAUAGAUCCAACCAUGAAACAAGAAAGACAGCCAAGUAAACUGGCAGCUACCUUAAAGCAGUUGGAUCAAUACAAAAUGAUUCGCCAACAAAAGAAUUUGGAAAAUAGCAGCACAGAACAACAAUAUGCAAUAGAACACAACUCAACUGCAACAAAUAAAUCGCAACAAGAUGAGAUUGAGAAAGAAAAGCUCAGGAAGGAUAUAAGAAGAAAGCUUUAUUCGUUGAUACGUCGGCUUGGCGGAACAAAGAAAGACGUAAGGGCUGCUUACAGAUCUAUCAUCUACAACAUAAAUGGACACCACGAUACUGAAUACUGCAAAGACCACCACGAUCUGUGCAAACAAUGGAAUACAGAUAACCUUUGUGAAAAGGGGAACGAUAUCAUUGAUGCACAAUCCGUGCAGAGAGUGUGUCCAAAAUCCUGCCAAGUCUGUUUCUGAUAUCUGGUGUCUCAGGAGAUUCCGAUGAACGAGCACAGAAGUUAUCAGUAGCUUACAGUUUGACAAGAAUGGAAAUGUUUAGUUAUCAAAAAUUUGAUAGAUAAGUUAUGGGACAGAAUUAAAGAUCAUUACCAUAAUUGUAGAUUAGCUUCGAUUAUGUAAGUAUAGGUCGAUCACUUUUAGGCUUUAAAAAUGCUGAUAAAUACUUUACUUUAGAGCGUAUCGGCAGCAUUAAAUCACACA